AUGAGUGACAUAAAACAAGUAAAAAUUGAUAAUUGGGGGAUAUUUUUCCUCCAACGUCUACAACAAUUUUUUAAUCGAACUGAUUUUUGUGAUUUAACAUUACAAUUUGAAAAUAAUGUGCAAUUAAAGGUGCAUAGACUAGUUAUGAAUGCAUGUACUGAAUAUUUUCAAAUAUUAGAAAAUACAUGUGAUGUAGUCGAUGAUUGUUUAAUAAUGCCCUUAGAUUUACAACCCGAUGUUGUUGUACCAAUCGUGAAUUUUAUGUAUACCGGUCAGUUAGAAUUUCAAAUGUCCCAUUAUGAUAAACUUUAUGCAGCAGCGAAAUUAAUGAAUUUAACAGUGUUAACAAAAUUAUUAGAUGCACAAAAAGUACCAGUUAGUCCAUUAGCAAAACCAUUACAUAAACGAGCAUCAGUUGGAGCUGUAACAUGGAAUUUACAAGGUAAAAAGAUUGUACCAAAAACAAUGGAUCCUGAUCUUCCAGAACCAUUACCUGGACGUAAAUUACCUGUAUGGAAGCGUAAAACAAUACCAACAUCAUCAUUUCGUGCAUCAACUUCUGAUUUUAUAAGUGAAAAUAUUGUAAGUAGUUUUAAGUCAACAAGCACUCCUACACCGAAGGUUUUAGAUAAUACACCACGUCCAACACGAUUUGAAUGGCCUGAAGACGAAAUCCCAUCCACAGAUUUGAUGGUUUCAUCAUUCGAUGAUAUAUCUUAUGGUAGUCAACCUCUAGCUGCCCCUAUCAUUAAAUCAAAUUCAAUGAGUAACUCAUCAGCUGCGUUUGAAGAAAUCAAAAAGAACACCAUUAAACGACCUGCAACAUCUUAUAACCAUCACAAUAAUCCAGUUAAUUUACAAGAAGUUAAAGAAUAUUUACAAGAACAAAAAUUACGUAACGAUUAUAUAUUACGUAACGAAGAACGUAAUUCAGCGUCACAAAAUGAAGAUUCCAAUGAUAAUAUAGAAUAUCGCGAUGAAAAUAGUAGCCAAGGUGGUGAAUCAAUUUUUGGUAACAUAAAAGAAGAAAAUCCAAAUAAAAGUAUAUUGAAACCUUCUUCAAACGAUGAAGAUCAUUCACCAGCUAAGAAAGUUCGAUUUAGUUUAGAAGGUAAAGAGAAUGCCACAAAAGGUAAAAAAUCAAUAAUUGAAGCUAAAGUAAAAGUUGAAAGUGGUGAUUUAACAAAUCACACGAAAAUUAUAUCGGAAGUAUUGAAAAAAUAUCCAUAUUUAAUGCAGAAAAAUAAAAAUAUUAAAUUGAAAAUCAUGCAAAAGAAUCAGUCAUCAAAUGAGACAAUGUUAGAGCAACCGAAGAAAAUAAAAAUUAUUAAGAGUAAUGAGAAAAUUGUUGAGGAGAAACAAUCACCGCAACAAGAAAAGCAACUACAGGGCAAUAAUAGUAGCCAAGAUGAGAGUGGAAUCGAAGAGUAUAAAUGCAAAGACUGUAACAUUCCAAAUGAGUAUAUUCAGUUACAGUCAUAUCCAGAAUACCAUGAUCAUAUAGUGGAAUUCCAUCCAGAACGAAUUGAUGCUCGUGUAUGCGAACAUUGUGGCCAUAGAAGUACACGUCGACAUCUUCUGCUAUACCAUCAAUUAACAAAACAUGGAAUUGAUCCCCCACCGCCGUUUGUAUUCCCUCAAUGUGAUAGAUGUGAUUACGUUGCGGUGAACAAAGUAUUACUUAAACGUCAUCAAGCUGGAGUUCAUGGUAGUACACAAUCAUACGUGGAUGAAAAAGCUUCACGUAUAGUAUGUCAAAUAUGUAACGCCACAUUCAAACGAAACCUACUGUUUAUUAAACAUUGUCAUCAAACCGGCCAUAAUGAAGAUUUAAAUUUUGAUUGUGAAUAUUGUCAUAAGAAAUUUUUACGCGCCUCUUAUGUAAUCGCUCACAUGAAAUCAUAUCAUAAACCAGAAUUGGAAUCAGAAAAUAUUAAUCUAGAUGAAUUGGAUAAGGAAUCAAUAAAAUCGGAAAUUAAAAUCAUAUCAAAUAUAUCAGUUAACACAAAUAUUGAAGAAAUUGAAAAUAAAACGGAAGAUAUGGUACCAACACCCAGCGUACCUAGUUCAGAAGCUGAAGCAUUAGUUAAUGUAGCAAGUGGUAUUGCUGCAAGUUUAGGCCUCGUGGUUUUGGAUGAAAAUCAAUUUGUUAUUCAAACGCAAGAUGAUUGUACAACGGAAGAGUAUAUUUUACCGGAAAUUAGUGAAGAGGAUGGAACAUUGGUACAUCAAACACCGCAAACAAUUGCGUUAACUGUUUCGGAUCAACAAACUGCAAACAAUAUUGUCACAACGUCUACACCGGUUACAACCACUGAUGAAUUAGUUAUGGUUCUCACUGAUCACGAUUACAGUGAUGGAAAUACACCAAUAAUUACAUCAGAAAAUUCAAAUAUUGUAGUCUUAUAUUCACAUCCGGUUGAGGGACAAUCCACACAAUAUAUUUCACCAGAAGGUAAUAUCGUUUUGAAUUCGCAAACUGGUGUGAUUGAAAUGAACGGGCACAAAUUACAAGUAACUAAUGCUGAACAACUAGAAAUCAAAAAUACGGAAAAUGAAGAUGUGGAAAAACCAGUAGAAAUACAGCAAGAAGUUAUUGAACCUGAAGAAUCUAUUGAAAUGAUUCAACAAGAAAUUAAUAAUCAUUUUCAGGAAACUGAAAAAUUAAAUCAAGAAAUAAUUCAACAUUCAAAUGCUGUUGCUGAAAUUUUAUCGACUGAAAUUCAAUCACAAUCUUCUGAAAAUGUACCAGAAGAAACGUCUGAUGAUUUAGCGAGAACUUUAGAGGAUAAAGAUGGGGAUGUUCAUACUGAAGAACAAAAUGAGAUAAUUACGGAACAUAUUGAAGAACCUAAAGAACCAGAAGCAUUGCCAGUAAGCAAUGAAAAUCUAGAACCUGAACCGAUGGAAGUCGAUGAAGAAAUCGAUGAAGUCGCAAAGGCUGUCAGUCCAAAGACAGACAAUGAAACAAAUAAUAAAGAUGUUGAGUCAAUUUCUGAAGAAUUAGAACCGCCAGCAUUAGAAAGGCCUUCAGAAAUAGACGCAUCGACAUCCGAAAUAGAAAUACCCACACUUACAUUAGAACCGUCAGCACCAGCAGUAGAACCUUUAGCUGAAAAUCAAAGUGUUACAGAAUCAGAUACACAUUUAGAGGAUGAAGCAAUGGAUGUUGAUGAAGCUGACAAUUCAUCCAAAAAAGAGGAUUCUCCUGAAUCUGAGGAUAUUGAACAACCAAAUGAAGAAACUAUAAAGGAUACUGAAAAUGUACAGAUAGCUGAGAAUACUGAAAUAAACGAAGAUACGAAUGUUACAGAACAUAAAACUGAGCAUAUGGAGCCUCCUCUAGUAAAAGAUGUAGAAAAUGACAGUGAUGAAAAAGUAAAUGAUGAAACAAUUACAGAAGCUAACGAAACUGAUGAAACUAACGAAGUUGUUCAAACAUCUGAAAUUAAAGAAGAUGAAGUGAAAGCUGAAGAAACGCAAGAUAAAAAUGAGAAAACUCCUGAAAUAGUUGAAGAGGAUAAUAGUAACAAAAAUGCAUCAAACGAAACAAAAGAACCUGAGGAAAAAACAGAAGAUGUUUUGCCUAUAGAAGAAAAAAAUGAAAACGAAACCAUAAAUGAAACACCUACAGCGACAAAAGAUAACGUAACAUCAUUGGUUUCGGAUUGGUGUGAUGACGACAGUGGCUUACAAGGAAAUAGUACAGAAUUGGUACAACAAAGUAUCGAAACAAAUGAAACAGAGCCAAGCGAAUCAAAUCAAUUUGUUAUACCAGCGACUGAAGAGCAAAAUAAUGAUAAAGAAACUAAUAAAGAGGAAAAUGACGAGAAUAAAGUAUCAAAUAUAAAGAUAACAAAAUUACUAGAUGAUUGGGAUGAUGGAGAUACAGAUUCUCAAAAUUCUGGCGAAACCACUCAACAAGUCACUAAGAAUCCAAUAAAUAAUUUAAUUGAAGACUGGGAUGAUGAAUAAAAAUUUUGGGAUAAACAAUAUAAAAUAUUUAUCUGUAAAACUGUAGGCUUCAAGUAAUCAUGUCAAAUAUUCUAAAAGAAUAUAAAAAUAUUACUUUGCGACGUAUUUCGAACUUUCAAUGGUCAG